AAAGUGAGAAAGUUCUAUGGAUCAUCGCGUGCAACGUGAUUGUUCGCAACUGUAACGAACGCUUUUCCGGUUCGGUAAUCUUUGUAAAAGUUCACGCUGCUGGUUGUCAUGGAUCCCCAGAUAACGUUUUAUAAUACAAAUUAUUUUUCUUGUUAUUGCAUUAUUCUUAUAAUGAUUCUCUUGGUCUUCCUUGAAGUCCUAGUGUUUGGCCUGUUCAUCGCCCGACUUACCAAAUUAUAAUCCGCGAUAUAAAAAAAAAAAAUUAAUAUCAAUUGUUAAUUAAUAAUUUUUAAUUAUCGUUUGUCGUAAAAAUACUUCUCCGCGAACGCGGACUUGUGACAAGUCGUACAGUAUUGGAAAAUCAUAAACGUGCGAUGAGAAGUCGUUGCUUUAACCCGUUGAGCCCAACGAGGGCCGAACGAGAUUACUCUCGCUGUUAAGUAGUCGAGCUCGAGCAUUACAACGGACGGCGAGGGCGGUCCCUCAUCCUCUCGGCAGUUAGUCGAGUUACCCGGUUCACGAGAGAGCUCGCGCGACGAAUAGAGGCAUGCGGAGAUUCUAUCCGUCUGCAUCCGACACGAGAGGCCAGCUAUACUGCGUCAGUGUCCAGUCGUCGAAGGCGUUAAUCCUGGAGAGAUACGCGAGCGUAGACAGCAUCCCGGAAAGCAUGCUCGCCGCACGCCAGUACGACUGCUUCGCGGAGGGGCGCUCGUACGAGAGAAAAGCAAGAUUUUUCAAUCGUGCAACGCAAGAGACUUCCUUGGAGCUUUACCAGCAAUUUUUGCCCGCCACAAUGAAUCCAUUAAAAUCUCCACGCACCAGAAUAGACAUAAACCGCCAUUCCAUGCAACUUACAAAUAAGCCUCGAAAGCAAGACGAUCAACACUUCACGCCGAGGAAAUUUACCAUCGCCAAGAAGGUCCGAUCGUUUCCCGAUUCGAGUCCGGAUCACUUUCUGAAGCAGUUUCCUCCGGGAGGGAAACUGUCGCAGCAGCAUUCCAAGGACAAUUCGUUUCUCAAUCAUGUGGACACCUUGAACGAAUGUUCGAAACUGUACCGUCAAAGCCCCAUGGCCGCCAGUUCGCUGAGCUGCUCGAGCGAGAGCCGAUCGAGCUCCUCGGACGACAACCUGGCGAAUCAUUCGCCGGUCCAUCAGCUGGACACCGAUUCACCGGAUCAUUUCGAGUAUUUCCGAAUGUUCGAGGAUGCCAGCGUCGCGGAUGUACCAGGUCCGAGCUUCUCGGGCGGCUGCAGCUACCGGAGUGACGGCUGCCAAGCGGGUUACGAGACGUACGAGGAUUUCAACAUGAAUCUCCUGAAGAUCGAUUUGCUGGACGACAUUUCCAGGCGACAGUCACCCGUACGCGAGGGGUCCAGCCCGAUUGCUCAGGGGGAUGUGCUCAACGACUCGUUAUUAACGCUGAUGGCGAAAGAUCUGGAGAAGGACGAGAGCGACGUGAUCUUACCGCCGUCGCGAGAGCAGCGGACUCGCAGCCCGAGCAGUCAGAGAGAUCCAACCGAUGUACCGCUGAUAUCGUCGAUGUCGGAGGAGUUGGAAGUAGAGAGUGAGAUGAAGAAGGAAAAGUACUCGGGGCAGCAGUCACCCGCGAGCGAACAAUGGACUCGCAGCUUAAAUCUGGAGGACACGUCCAGCGUAAUCUCGAUAAUGAACAAGGACGAGGUGACGAAGGAAACGGAGGAGGAUUGUCCGCUCGAUCAUCGCUCACUGAGAAUCCUGAAGCCGCCCUACCGAUGCAACGAUCAUCCGUACACUCAAUUAUUUUACUGUCAGACUUGCUGCAAGGCGAUCUGCAAGGAAUGCUCCAGCCAAUGCGUUUACAAACACGUCACGGUGGAUUUUACAGAAUAUCUCGAAAUCGCCCAGCGUCAGGCUGAAGAGGUGCUGAUCGAGGCCUAUCUCGGAAUCGACGUUCUCGCGGACGAUAUGGAAAAUAUGGGAUUGGACAUUGCAGCGUUAGAUCAGAGAACCAGGGAGGCACUCACCGACGUAAAGUUCUUUUCGCGUAGAAUGUGGUCCGCGGUGGAAGAGAGGGAGAAGAAAUUAUUUAAACAAAUUGUGGAAACGCGUCGGUGGAAGUACGAGGUUCUCCACGAGAAAUACAUGAAUUUGAAGGAGGAUAAGACACGGCUGUCACAGGCCGUCAGUUCCCUCAAAUCUGCCAUACAUAACGCGCGAUCUUUCCCCGUAUGCAAUCCCGAUAAUCUUUUGCAGAGGAAAGAUAUGGUGUUGGCUGAGAUCUGGCAGAUUCGUCAAAAUCGGAAGGCGAAAGUGCGAUCUGUCCGAGAUGAAAAUUGGAUUUCCUUCAGAAGUUCCGAUAACAACGUGUUGUCCGUGAUCGCCAACGGGGGAAACGUCCUGGUGAACGGUCCGGGCACGAUCGGAGACCGUCUGCCGAAUCGCGAUUACAAAUCGUUGCAAUCGUAUUUCCCGUACGGUAUAAACGAGCAGAUGAUGCAGCCGAUUCCACGCGGUCGUCCGAUAACGGACUACGACCGUAAUAUCUGUCUCCCUAAUCGGAAACACGAGUUGCAAGUCAAGAGCACGGACGUCGUAAUUCUCGGCUAUUUCGGCGAGAACAAUCCCGACAAUCUCUGUCGCCCAUGGGGAUUGAUUUGCGACAACGAGGGACACAUUAUUAUAAGUGAUCGAUCCAAUAAUCGUAUACAGAUCUAUCGCGAGAACGGCACGCUGGUCAGGAAAUUCGGGAGCUAUGGAAAUGGCCCCUGUCAGUUCAAUCGUCCGGCUGGAAUCGCCGUCGAUGCCAGACGUCGUCUUAUUGUGGUCGACAAGGAUAAUCACCGUGUUCAGAUUCUGACAUUGGAGGGUGACUUUCUAAGAUCCUUCGGCGAGCAUGGCGAGAAACAGGGCCAAUUCUGCUAUCCGUGGGACGUGGCGGUGAACUCAGCUUGCGAGAUCGCGGUGACGGACACGAGGAACCACCGUGUCCAGCUGUUCAGUCCCGAGGGUAUUCCGCUACGCAUGUUCGGCGGCCAGCCGCAUCUGCUGCGAUACCUGGACUCGCCGCGCGGUAUCUGCUUCAACAACGAGGGCAAGCUGAUCGUCACGGACUUCAACAAUCAUCACAUACUGAUAAUUGAAUAUAACAUGGUGGAGAUGCGCAUACUCAAAUGUGAGAAGGAAUCAAAAGGCAAGAGGCAGGACGGGGAGACCGGCGAGAACGGGCAGAACGAGGAGAACACCCCCACGUUUCAGAGGCCCCAGGGCGUCAUCGCGGCCGACGACGGCAGUAUCCUCGUGGCGGACUCCCGCCACAAUUCGAUCAAGGCGUUCAAUUCGGUCGGCUCGUUGAUCUACUCCUACAAGCCCGGCCAGGAGGAGAUGGACCGUCCACUGGGUAUAGCUCUUCAUUGGGACGGUAGAAUGGCGUUCACGGAUUACGGCCGUAAUUACGUGCGCUUGGUAAAGCUCGAGCACCACAUGGAGCCGAUGGCGAGGAACGCUAUCAUGUUCGGUUGACGCCUCAGAAUCGCAGACGCGUUGUCCUGAUGAUUUGAUGGGAACAUCAGACAGCGAGGUUUCUAUAUUUGCGUCAUGCGUGAGCAGUAGCCGCGGUCGCCGCGGCGAAAGCUAUCGCAAUUUUUACAUUUGCAACGCGUGGUUAGAUUUUUGAGCCACCAAUGAAUUGUGCUAGGAGGUAUAAUUUUUUGCCAGAAAAACGAGAGAGAAAAAAGUCUCUAUUGGUGAAAAUAAUAAUUGACGAUGUACGAAAGAUAAAAGUUAAUGUUUUUGCGCGCGUGACGUCACUUCGUACAUGUUUUCGAUUCCACACAACACACACAGCAUACACACACACACUACACAUGUAUUGUCUAUCGUUUCAGAAGUAGACAUUCGUACGAAAGCUUAUUUUCGCUUUCAGAUUUUUUUCACUUCGUGGUAUGUGUAAUUAGUGAGGGAAUAUCGCCCACGUUGCAAGAACGCUCAAUUUUUUGCUCUCGAAAGAGUUUACCAUUUUAGUACAACUAUAAUGUUUAUUGAAAUAAUACGACUUUUAUCUUUAAUUAACAAUUUACGUUAUUAUUGUUAUUUAUUGCCAUUUUUUAAAUUGUACUAUAUGUAUUUUUACAAUUUUAUUGUGCAAUGCAUUGUAUAAUACUUACCUCCUGAUUGGAUGGACACACAAAAUGCUCAUGCAGCUCAGAUAUUUUUAGAUCUUUAUUCUCCAUCACGAACGAGCGACAAAUAGAUAUUGGAGCAAAGCGUUAAAAGAGAACUAUAAACGCUAUGCAUUUUGAAUAAUUAAAUGAUCAAACAAUCGAUCGACAGCGCACAGUUAAGGGUAGUAACGAAGGAAAUUGAGUUAUCGAUAAAUCCAGAUAUAAUCAUUUUAUUAAUGCAUCGUAUUUAUUAUUCAGAAGAUUCGAUCAUCGAUCGAACUAUCGUAGAUGCAUUUUUUUUCCAAUUUUAUAUAUGUUAUUUUAUACGACUAAUUUUGUUUGUUUUUACAAAAUUAAAUCAUGUAUUUAAUUAACUCUAAUUUCUUCGCGGAUUUGUAAGAUUCGCUUAUUUUCUAAAUUAUGCAUGACGCUAAUUAUUUUAUUUGUAAAUCCAAUUUCGGAAAAUAUAAAAGUAGAAAUUGCGAUAGGUUAAUUCAUGCAGUAUUAUAUAACUUUAUACUUUUAUAACAUUCAUUUAAGUGUGUGUCAAUAAAUUGUCAUCACAAUUGA